AUUCAAUGACGUCUACGACAGAUUGGAACGGAACUCAACUUGAAAUUUAAAAUAAAAAAAUGAAUUAAAAUGUUUCUAUUGAUUUUUUGGCUCAAAUGUUGUAAAAAGUGGAAAAAGAGAUCAUGUGUUUGUGUCAAAUCAAAUCAUACGGAAUACCUACACGCAAGAUGAAUACCGAGUUCCUCAUGUAGGUUUAGGGCAAAUGCAAACUGAAUUCCACCCAGAUAGAUAUUCCAUGAAUCUAACAAAGUAUCCAACACCAAGGGUAUCAUCAUUUACAAUCGUCUGAAACUCGAUUCAGUCUCAUCCUUCUUCUGUUAAGGUUUUCCAAUAAACAAAAACAUGGUUUCAAUCGAUAAUCUCCCAGAUCAGUUAGUUUGGGAGAUUUUCAACAGAAUCAAAAACACGAAAGACCGAAACUCCAUAUCUUUGACCUGCAAACGCUUCCAUACUCUUGAUAACGAACAAAGAAACUACAUCCGCAUUGGCUGUGGAUUAAACCCAGCAAUCAAUGCUCUAACCUCUCUAUGCCACAGAUUCCCAAACCUAAACAAAAUCGAAAUCACAUACUCAGGUUGGAUGUCAAAUUUAGGCAAACAACUAGAAGACCAAGGCCUCUCCAUCCUCUCAAAAACCUGCCCUCUUUUAACCGAUCUAACCCUAAGUUACUGCACAUUCAUCACCGACACCGGCCUCAGCUACAUAUCAUCAUGCUCAAAACUUUCAUCUCUAAAACUAAACUUCACUCCAAGAAUCACCGGAUGUGGCAUCUUCUCAAUCAUAGUAACCUCCAAAAACCUCAAAACCCUUCAUUUAAUCCGCUGUUUAAACGUCACCAAUCUCGAAUGGCUCGAGUGUCUCGGAAAACUCAAAACCCUCGAAGAUCUUUCCAUCAAAAACUGUCGCGGGAUCGGUGAAGGCGCUCUUAUCAAGCUCGGGCCCACUUGGGGCAACAUAAAACGGUUACGCUUUGAAGUGGAUGCGAAUUACAGGUACAUGAAGCUUUACGACCGGUUAGCAGUUGACAGGUGGCAUACGCAGUGGGUCCCAUGCGAUAACAUGGUGGAGGUUAAAUUAGUCAAUUGUAUAAUCAGCCCGGGGAGAGGUUUAGCUUGUAUAUUGGAUAAAUGCAAAAACUUGGAGAAGAUCCAUUUAGACAUGUGUGUAGGUGUAAGAGAUGAUGACAUCAUCAGGCUCGCGGAAAAUUCGAAAAAUCUGCGGGGUAUUUCGAUCCGGGUCCCGUCUGAUUUUUCAAUAAUGGAAAACCCGCUACGCCUCACAGACGGAAGCUUGAAAGCCAUAGCUCAAAACUGUAAACUGCUUGAAUCCGUGGCCUUAUCGUUUUCAGAUGGUGAGUUUCCUUCUUUAUCCUCGUUUUCUCAAAAUGGGAUUUUGAAUUUGGUCAAAAUGUGUCGUGUGAAAGAGCUUGUUCUUGAUCGGGUUUAUUCAUUCAACAAUGUUGGGAUGAAAGCUCUUUGUUUUGCUGAGAAUCUUGAGAUUUUAGAACUUGUGAGGUGUCAAGAGAUAAGUGAUGAAGGGAUUGAAUUUGUGGGUAGAUAUGGGAAUUUGCGGGUGUUGAGGUUGACAAAGUGUUUGGGAGUUACGGAUGAUGGGUUUAAAGGGAUUGUUGGAUUGGGGAAAUUGGAAGUUCUUGUUGUCAAUGAUUGUCCUCAGGUGUCUUUAAGAGGUGUGGAAGGAGCUGCUAAAUAUGUGUCUUUUAAGCAGGAUUUGUCAUGGAUGUAUUGACUAUUAUGGAAUGUUGAAAUUUGAAUUUGAUAGUUUCCUGAAAGUGUUAUUAUGUUGUAAAUAAUGACUUUGUGUCGAUGUUACUUUUAUACUAGGAUAUGUUAUUUGUUGAUUUAUCGAAUGAUUUGUGCCCUUUGUGGCAUGUUAUUUACACGUACAUUUUUUUUUU